AUGGGCGCCAUCCGGUGCGGGCAAAGGAGCCAAUGGGAGCAGGCUGCGGUGGAGCCAAUGAACGCAAGGCGGCCCCGUCCUAUGCCGGGAGCGGAGCCAAUCGUCACCGGGCGUGGCGCAGCCAAUGGGCGCCAUCCGUGCCGGGACCGGAGCCAAUCCCCACCGGGCGUGGCGCGAGCCAAUGGGCGCCGUCCGUUUCGGCGCGCGUGCCCAAUAGCCGCGGGGCGCGCCGCAGCCAAUGGGCGCCGUCCGCCUCGGGGCACGGGGCCAAUCGGCGCUGCCGCGGGGCGCGCCGCAGCCAAUGGGCGGAGCGGGGGCGCCGCGAUGGAGGCGCGGGGCGCGGGGCGGGCGGCGCUGGGCGCGCUGGGCCGGCGGCUGCUGUGGGCGCUGCCCGCGUACGCCGCGGGGCUGCUGGGGGUCGGCGCGGCCGCGCUGCUGCUCGCGCUCGCGCUCUACGCGGGCUGGAGGCGGCGGCGGCGCGCCCGGGAGCGCGGGAUGCGCGCGGCCGCGCGCCUGCACCGGGACGAGGAGGCCGCGGUCCGCGCCGCCGCCAAGGGGCUCGGGAUCAGCAACGGGGAGCUCCCGGCCUGGGUCAGCUUCCCGGACGUGGAGAGGGCGGAAUGGCUGAACAAGGUGCUGGCGCAGGCCUGGCCGUUCUUCGGGCAGUUCAUGGAGAAGCUGCUGCUGGCGCAGGUGGCUCCGGCCAUCAGGGCCUCCAGCCCCCACCUGCAGAGCUUCACCUUCACCAGGGUGGACAUGGGCGAGAAGGUGGGGAACCCCCGGAGGGUCUGCGCUCAUCCCGGUGCCCAUAGGAAGCAAAUCCUCUUGGAUCUCAACAUCAGCUACGUGGGGGACAUCUGCAUCGACGUGGAGGUGAAGAAGUUCUUCUGCAAGGCGGGGGUCAAGGGGAUGCAGCUCCAUGGGACGCUGCGGAUCAUCCUGGAGCCGCUCCUUGGGGAUGUGCCCAUCGUGGGGGCUCUUUCCAUGUUCUUCAUCCGGCGCCCGACCUUGGACAUCAACUGGACGGGGAUGACGAACCUGCUCGACAUCCCUGGCCUCAGCUCGCUGUCGGACUCGGUGCUCAUGGACACCAUCGCCUCCUACCUGGUGCUGCCCAACCGGCUCCUGGUGCCGCUGGUGCCCGACCUGCCUGAGGCGGCCGAGCUGCGGAACCCGCUGCCGAGGGGGGCGCUGCGCGUUCACCUCCGGUGCGCGCGGGGGCUGCGCUCCAAGGACCGGUUCCUGGGGGGGCUCCUGGAGGCGCGCUCGGACCCCUACGCGGAGCUGCGCGUGGGCACGCAGGGGGCGCGCAGCCGCGUGGUGCGGAGCAGCCUGGACCCGGACUGGGACGAGCUCCACGAGUUCGUGGUGCACGAGGUGCCGGGGCAGGAGCUGGAGGUGGAGCUCUUUGACAAGGACCCGGACCAGGACGACCUCUUGGGCAGGUACCAAUGGGGCGGGGGGGGGGUGUGGGGGCGCCGGGUGGUGGAGGAUUGGUUCCCGCUGCAGGAGGGGGGGCAGGGCCGGCUCCACCUGCGCCUGGAGUGGCUCCGCCCCCUGGCGGAUGCGUCCAAAUUGGAGGAGGUUCUGGAGAGGAACCGAACGAUCCAGGGCAAACCCGACCCCCCCUCGGCCGCCAUCCUCAUGGUGUACCUGGAGCGGGCAGAGGAGCUGCCG